AUGGCUCCUGCAAUGUUAAUGGGCUUCUUUCCUGUGUGUGUGUGUCUGCUGCUGACACCAGGCUUCGCCGAGGCAGGCAAGCUGCUGGUGGUACCCAUGGAUGGGAGCCACUGGUUUACCAUGCGUUCAGUGGUGGAGAAACUCUCCCAAAGGGGGCAUGAGAUUGUCCUAGUCAUACCAGAGGUGAGUUGGCACCUGAGCAAUUCAUCCAAUAUUACGAUAAAGACUUAUCACACGGCUUACACUCUGGAGGAUUUGAACGUCGAGUUCCGGAAAUUCUCUGAUUUUCAGUGGAAAGUUCGGCCACAGAAUCUACUUCCUAUGUUAAUAAGUUCAGAGAACACAAUUUUUGAUUACUUUUUUUCACGCUGUAGGAGCUUGUUUGAGGACAAGAAAUUAGUAAAAUACUUAGAAGAGAGUUCUUUUGAUGCAGUGUUUCUAGAUCCUUUUGAUAUGUGUGGUUUGAUUAUAGCCAAGUAUCUCUCACUUCCAUCUGUGGUCUUCACCAGGGGAGUUUUCUGUCAUUAUUUUGAAGAAGGCACUCAGAGUCCCAUGGCCCUUUCUUAUGUUCCGAGAGCUUUUUUGGCAUUCUCUGAUGCCAUGACUUUUGAGCAGAGAGUAUGGAAUCUUAUCCGGCACUUAGAGGAACGUUUAUUUUGCCACUAUUUUUACAAAAAUGUUGAAGAAAUUGCCUCUGAGAUUUUCCAGACGCCUGUCACAACAUCUGAACUCUUCAGUCAAACAUCAAUUUGGUUGUUACGGAAUGACUUUGUUUUGGACUAUCCCAGACCAGUGAUGCCCAACGUGGUCUUCAUCGGUGGCAUCAACUGUCAGAAGUUGAAUCAAAAGCCAUUGUCAGAGAGGGCGUCUCGGUUCAUCCACACAGAACCCGGCUGCCUGAUCAGAGCCAGAGAAAGCCCCUCUGAGGGACGUGCCCUGGUGCUCACACUCUCGGAUUAG